AUGGCCAAGCAGCCCCCCGAGGCGAAGGCGCAGCGCGGCCGCCAGGCUGGGCGGCUGCCGCCGGCCGAGGGGCCGGGCCCGGCGGCGCAGCUGAGGCCCGGAGCCCCCGCCGCCCUGCCCGGCCUCCCCGCAGCCGCCUCGUCCUCCUCCUCGCCGUCGUCGUCGGCCGCCGCCCGGCCCGUCUCGCCCGGCAGCCCGCCGCGGGCGCAGCCGCCGCCCGCCAGCCCCGGCCCGUUCGCCACCCGCUCGCCGCUCUUCAUCUUCGUGCGGAGGUCGCCGCUGCUGUCGCGCUCCUCCAGCGGCUACUUCUCCUUCGAGGCCGAGCGCAGCCCCGCGCCCAUGAGCUGCGACAAGGCCACGCAGACCCCCAGCCCGCCCUGCCAGGCCGUCAGCCACUACCUGAGCGCCAUGGCUUCCAGGUGGCGGUCUCACUUGCUAGCAGAAGAAAUACAGCCAGAAAUAUGGAUUGCACAGGAGCUGCGGCGCAUUGGAGAUGAAUUCAAUGCCUCCUAUUGUCCGAGAAGGGGUUUCUUGGAUAACCAUGUUGGAAACCCCCAGAUCGUUAUUCUGCGCCUCCUGCAUUAUAUCAUCCGCCUCAUCUGGAGGAUGCAGUGACGCCAUGCGGCGCGGGGCGCUGGGACUUGAUGACUUCUUCCAAAAAAACCAUGAAGAAGAGCUGGUGCCAGAGCCUGGCACUUCGAAGCCGCCCUCCCUGCCGGGACGCACGAUGGCUGGAUGAGGGUGAAUUUCCCACACGGACCUGCCAGGACUCCCCAAAGCCGGAUUUUAUCUGAGAGUGGUGUUUACUGUGUUUCUCUCAAUUUUAAAAAAAAUCUUUUUUAAAAAGGACUUAGAAAAUACUCAAUGAUGAUCGACUCCUGUUUCGUCAUCGCUUCCGGGAACUUGUCGGCUCAUCUUGGAUAUUCCCAAAAAAACAGCGGAGCCGGCUGAUUUGCAGAGCUGCCUUAGUUUGUGCCGCAGCCACUGCGCUGCUGCCUCCUCCUGGCUGCCAAAGAGGAUGAGGAGGGAAGAAGGGCAGAGGGAUUUCAAUCAGCACUUCUCUUACCUGUAAAUACCUAAUGCUACCCCAAAUCCAACUUCAUUUGCAUCAUGCAAAUAGCCUAUUUCCUGCUGACUGAUUUUUUUAUAUAUAAUUUUUUUUUUAAAUUCUGAAUUUCAAGACUUAGCUGUCAGAUUCCCAGGGUCCAAAAUAUCACAACCAACUAACCAAACAAAAAACAAUCCACCAGGUUGCCUUUUUUUAGAAAUUCUUUCUAUAAGACGUGUGAAAAUGCUUCUGUAUUGUAUAUUAUAAUAUAUAACGGUGACUGAGUAAUUCAGCAAUAAAACAUUCUUGGAGGCAGGUUAAAACAGUUCCCAAAACACUGCAGUUUUGCACCCAGAGACAGGUCCUGCUGCUUGACUCCAGGAACUGUUUUAAGGCAUGGUUAGUGUGUUGCUGUUAAACCCAGGAGAGUUUGUGGCACGUUGGAUGUUUCCUGGGAUGUUCUGUUCAGACAGGACCAGGAUGAUGGGAGAAGCCAGCCAGCUACAGGCAUGGAGAUGAAGACCCCAAAGGUUCCUGCAAGGGGAUCCAGCUGGAAGAAGGGCCAUGGCAGUGCUGCAGGACACGGACUUGCACGUGCCUGCUGUUCAGGUGGCACCAACCUAUCGGUGACUUGCUUGAUGUGGAGCGUUGGGUCUGCUCCCCACUGACUGCCUUGGGAGGUCUUCUCCAUGUGCCAUGUCUCCUCCUUCCAGCCAGGAAGACCUCAGCGUGAUUGUUGCCUCAGGACAAUGCUGUGUCUCUUCUCCCAGCUGUAGACCAUCCCGUGUGGCUCAGGAAGCUUUAUGAGAAGCCCAGGAGGCCACCAGCAGCAGCAGGAUCCGUGUCCCUGCAGAUGGAGGCCCCACCACCAUCUCUGGUUCAUCUCAUGCGGGAGGCUUCUGCACGGCAGGCGCUUUUGGGGCGUGCAGUUGCUCCAACUGCCCGCGUAUCUAUGCACAAACAUACUUCUCUCGCCUUCAAAGCUGUCCUCUUCCCUCUGGCUGGUGUAGAUGUUCCUAAAAUCACCUUCCAAAUGCUGCAGUUAGUUCUGGUUUCACCAGCACCAUAGAAGAAAAAGCAAACCCAGCCCCACAAUAGCGUUUUUUUCCUACUGUGUUGCAAUAUAUGUGCCAGGAGAAGCUGUUCUGAGUGCCAUUGUUUGAAGAUCAGUGUUUCCAUGCUGGAAGAGCUGUACAAUCUGACCUCUAUGCACUGGCUGGUAGGCAAUGACCCAUUGGUGGCUGCGUGCCCCUGAUUGCACUCGUUGGAAGGAUUAUGGAGCGAUUUUAGUAUGUUUUUUUUUUCUGGUCCUGCAAGACAAGCAUCUCUUGCGGGAGAUGGCCUUGGCUGCAGGGAUGACUCGAGAAGAAUAUUUUAGAGGGGGAACCUCUGCACUUGUGGAGAGCGAGCAGCUGCCACGUCCACCGACCCCGGCUGGGCUGGAGGCUGCGCUGCCCUGAGCACGUCCCGUGGAGCACACCAAAGAAUCGCGGCCGGCGCCCAGCACUUUACCCCGUCCUCCCGGCCCCGUGCCGCGGAAAAACUCCAUGAGUCCCUG